CUGGCCGCCUAUCGUGCGAGGGAAGAAGAGUUCGAGAGGAGAAAGAAGGAAGUGACGGACAGGUUGCAGGCGCAUUUAGGGCGCGUCGGGGAAGAACAUAGGCGUUUGGCAGAACUCCAUAAGGCAGUGGAAGGAUUUGUUGAUCCGAUUGGGAAGGAAGCUGCAAAACUGCGCAAGAAGAUAGAUGCGGUCAACAAAGAUUUGAAGUCGCUGGGCCAGACCUGCCAGCGCAAGGAACAUGAGUAUCAACAGGUUCUGGAUUUAUAUAAUGUGAAGAGUAAGGAAAAGGCUCAACUCAUCACCGUACUAAUGGAGGUCGUGACCGAAAGUGAAAGACAGAGAAUGAAGAAACUGGAUGAGCUAAGCAAGGACGUGGAUUCGAUGUCUUCAACGAGGCCGAUUAAGCACCCUUAAGGCUCAUAAUUACAUAUAAGGCUGUCAGUCUGGCACCUAUAUACUAAAUUCCUUCCUUAAAACUUAGUAAUCUUUGAUUUUUUAAAUCAAUGAUUGUAAAUUUAGAUAAUGAUUGUAAUUAGUAUAAUUUUAUGAAAGUUAUUAUUUUUAUACUUUUGAAAUUAUUUUCACAAUGAACAUUUCCACAUCAUUUUU